GUUUUUCAACUUGUAAUUAUCAUCAUCGCCUUCUUAGAAUUCCAGUGCCUACAUUAAGUAAAUGUCGCUCUUUGACAAACAAUAUGGGCGUUCCUACCCACAUGACCCUAAUUCCCGAUGGAAUAAAUGAAAUUGCCCCUUUCCAAGCCACUUAAGCCACCAAUGUUUGCCAAAUAACGCAACAGCGGUAAUCAGACCAAUAGCGUGAUUCUUCAGUUGAAGGCUGCGGGAACAUUUCAAUUAUAAUAUGAAUAGAUUUAAAGGCACCGUAUCCCAUUAUUGAAUCUUUUGCAUGUCUCAUCGAGCUGGCCAUAGCUUUUCGAGAACAAAGACCUGAGAGGCAAACAUGUCAUAGGUAGCAUAUUCACUCGUUCUCAUUGGUUCAUCCGAUUUCGUAAAUACCAAGUCUGCUUAUUCGAGCGCAAACAACUUAUUCCUCAGAUAUGCUCUUAUCAGCUAUUUACGAGAAUGGCUUUUGGAAGGAAUUUAGUCAAUCAAAACAUACUGUUAUGAAGCGGGCUCACAGUAUAGCUACACGGAGCGGGAUAUCGAUUGACCAACCAGCAACAAAUGCGGACGGUGCGGCAAACAACCGGGCAACGUGUGAAGGGACGAAAGAAGCUUGCGAUACAGUCCGACGUAAUUCAGAAAGUGACCAAGGCCCACGAGUUCAGACCACAGACGUGAAUCGCACAGUGACGGCUCGACCCACGUAUGGUUCAGACUGUGUUGCCGGCAGUGCAUACUACGCAAACAGUCUUAGUACGCUUUUAAUCGCGAGUAGGCUAGCUGCUACUCAAAUACCGUUCUACGCCAUGCCGACUCGACGGCUGGUGCAGGAUCUUAUUGAUGCUACCAAAGAUCAUAUUUCCACCAUGUCGGGAAGAUACCGCGUCUCGCCUACCGACUUCGAUCUCCUGUAUCAGCUGUAUCAAGAAGAUACAUCCGCUAAGGGACUUUAUGAGUUCAUCAUAGAUCAUCCUAUUACCCAUGGCAUGGCGGGAAGAAUGCGUGCUAGACCGAUUGAUGUACUCGCGGCUAUGGUGGGAAAGACUGCGGAUGCUUGCCAGCUGGAGCUUAACACAGAAAUACAGCUGCACCAAGCUGCAGAGAAGCGAGCUGCGGAAGCUCGAGCAAAGGCGGAAAUGGAAGCUAGGCGUAAGAGAGAGGAAGCGGCGCGAAAGGAGCAGGAACGCGGAUAGGCGGAAAGUGCGUCGGAUCGCCAGGCCCCCUGAGAACCAUAGCAUAUGCUAGCCAAGUGGACGUCCUAGAUGGUGAAUGGAAAGGGCGUAAAGGAGGGCUUGCACAUAAUGGCGGGUGAAUCAUUGAUUAUUGAUUGCGAAUUGAUGGUCGUCGUGAUCUAUGGCGAAUGAAAAAAAUAAAUUCCUGGCAAGUUCCUUUAUGUGAUGCUGAAGAUAACUAUCAGCUACGUAAAGCUAGGCAGCUUGAUAAUGAGCCAUGCUAAACUUGACCCUUUAAACUACGUGAUAGGUCCUAGAACGACGGGUAUUACGGGGUUGGG